AUGACCUCUAUCCACCAUGACAAUAACUUCUGCCUUGUCACCCUUCACCUCCCUUCUUCCACCUCUUGCCACUGCCCUGACCAUGGGCCGCCUAGGGAGCUUGACAAGAAAUUUGAUAAAAUUUUUAACCUCAAAAAUACCUCAAAUAACAACCCUACUAACAUCCUUAAUAACCUCUGCACCGGCCUCGAGACCUUCCUUGGCUUCAACAAAGACUCCAAAGGCUACACUGGCCAGGGGAUUGUGUACUCUGACUUGGAUAGGCUUUGUGAUGCAGUGAUGGGAUUUUUGUAUCAGGUGCUUAGGGAUGUCAGCGAGAAACAGCCUUACAGUGUGGGUAAAAAUAUAUUAAUUAACAACAUUUUAACGCUUAUUAACAAACAUCUUUGCUCAGGUCACGAGGGCUUUAAAAGGCUUUUCACCGAGUUGCCUGCUCGCAUCGCGGGGUAUAACAGGGAAGUGCAGGAGGGGAAUGAGAAAGUUAAACAACCAAUAAAAAAGCUUGAAGGGGAGAUGAAAGAGCUUAAAACUCAGGUAAGUGCUAUAUUAAAUGAUAAUGCUGUUGCAGGUACUACUAUGAUCCUGAGGACGGGGGACGCCGAUGUCGCUAAGCAAGCGGUUGAUGACGUGAACCGAAAGUUAAAGGAUUCAAUUAAGGCGACUGUCGGAUUCACCGAGACUACUAAGACUUUGCAGACUGAGAUUGCUGAUUUGAAUUUCGACACUCGUAAUAAUGUUAAUAAUGCUAUAAAUGCCAUGAAACGUGAAUUAGACGUGCUGCAAUUUUCGUGUCAGAAUCAGAGUCACGAUUUGGAAUACAGCAUUAAGAAAGUUGUUGAGAGGUGCAAUGACAUACAUAGAAAAGUCGAUGAUGAGACUAGGACAAAAGUGGAGGCUCUAUUAAAUGAUAUUAGAAACAAAAUGAACGCAUUUCAAAGUACCAUGAAAAAAGACAUUUACCAACCAUUGAGCGACUGGGUUAAGAACAAUAAAGAGAAAUUAGUAGCAUCCCGCAGUUACGUCGGCGACGAUAUUUUGAUAUUCGAAGAUCGUUAUCCUAAGAUUCAUACGGCGCUUGCGGAAAUAAAAAAGGUGGUUCAGCCGCUGAAUGAUUUGAUGUCCAUCGGUAUCCGUAUGAAAAACCAACCAGUGCUUGAAGGAUUUGCCGAAGAUCUAAAUAAUGCAGUAGAAAUAUUUCCUAAAGCGAUAGAGACAGAUCUAGACAGCUUGCGUAUACAAAUCACAAAAUUGAUGAACGAAUACGUUACAAGUUUAAGUGAUGGUGAAGCAUAUGCUGGCCUUUGUUCUGAAUUCAUAAAUAAUGUUUUAGAAAGCGUAAUUAAGACGCUUGAUGCGAAGGCAGCCGAGAGAGGUAAUACGGUACUUAAAAAGUACGGAUCUAUGAAAAUCAAUAUUGAGAAAUUCAUGGAAAAUUCAAAAGGCGAUUUACAGCGUAUAGGGCAGUUAGUUCAAGGCAUCAAAAACGACAUUUCGAAUCUUAAAACUCAAUCGACCAAUACGAAUGUACCAGACUCAACGCUUACAAGCAUCACUAAAACCUUACCCACCAACAUGAGAUCGCUAACUACAAGCAUUAAUAGGAUACUCGAUGUUGCCGAAGAAGUGGAAAGCAAAUUAGAUACGUGGUUACAGGAAGUGGAGUCAUAUAUUUCCGCAAUCGAUGGACUGCGUAGCAAAUGCGUCAGCGGACUGCAGUCGUAUAUAAACUCGGCAAUCACCGACUCGAAAAACAUAAUCAUCACAGACCUCAGGAAACGCUACGUUCGUCAUACUAAACUAAUGCUCACCGCGUUCGCGGACAAGGUCAGCCAGGAGUUGCAGGGGUUGCCGGGGGAGAUUGAGAGGGAUCUGCGCAUCGGGUUCAAGGGGUUGAUGAGAGUGAUGGGAGGUAAUAAGUACACUGUAAAACCAGACCAUUCUUCAUAUUUUGAUGAUAAUUUGCCCACUGAAUUGUUUAACGAAAUUUCCAAUCUUGCCCAGCCCCUUGCUCCGUCACCUAAGGGCGCACAGCAUCUUGGGAAAUUCAAAGAACUCUCCACAGCAUUCCACGCCUAUUUCACUAAUAUUCAUAAGUAUACUGAUUACCAAAUCAAAUCCGAAAUUGCGUCGGAACCGCAGGCCCUUCAAGGCAUCAAUGCUACCAACCUCCAGCACCUCACCGCCGUCAACACUAAAUUCAACGAAUUACUCGACCACCUCAAAAAUGACUCUACACCUUCUAGAACAUAUAUAUUUGAUCAUACAUACACCAAAAAGCAUGAAUCCCUCUCCUCCUCCCUCCACCUCCUCCACCCCUCCCACUUCGCCAACCCCCGGCACCCGGAGCUGCUCGAUGCGGUCAGAGCGGGGCUGCAGGGGUUUGUCGAGCAGAUGGAGCGGGUGUAUGUGAACGGGUAUGAUGAUGGAACAUUAAUCAAUUUUACGUUAAAUCCACUUGUUAAAAAUGAUGCUGGUAAAAAUUCUGGUCAAAACGAAAAAUUAACGCCUUACGGUGAAAAGCUGUCUAAGGUCUGUUUGACUGUUGUCUCUAACUUGCACAUUGCCUUUAAAGUUCUGAAGAAGUAUUGUUAUACGGAACAGAGAUUUCAGAAAAUUAACAAAAACACAGAUGUUGGAAUGUUCUUUUACCAUCAAGGCUAUGAUGUCUCCGUCAAAGAGAAGCAAAAGGGGGAGUUAGAUAAGAACGUUGCUGCCACAAAAAUCAAAAAGCUUCUGAUUAGCGACGAUUACAAGCAUAUAUACCACACAGAUAAAGACACCAAACUUGCGCUUCAGAUGCUGAACGAGCACCUUAACGAUUACUAUCAAGUCUGUCACGUCUCAACGUUUGCUGCCAAGAAGCGGCCAUGUAACGUGUUCGAAAUACUUUGUUGGCUGUCAGGGCUUCCAUGCAGUUCCGUUUAUGAAGAAGUUCUGCGUGAUGCUGUGAGUGAAUUAUUUGAGGAUCCAAAUAAACAGGUCGCAGCAGAUCUCGACGGGUUUGAGAUAACUGUUACAGACAUGAGAGAUGACUUCCUCCCAGCGCAUCCAAACAACAUGUUAUAUGAUGAUACACGGAAAGCGGUGAUGCGUUUGUGCUCAAAGUCAUAUGACGUUCUGACCAGAAUCGUCGGUUACGGAAAUGCUCAUACCAUGUACGCCGUCGACUACUGCGCCAAUUCGCUUAACUUUCACUACCCAUCCAAGGGCGAAGAUUGCCUCCAGAUGCUACUGGAUGUCCUAAGCAGGUUGUACCCGCCACUGAGAUUUUUGUAUAGGCAAUGUAGCAUCGGUGCUCAACACUACGGGUGGGCCGAUUGUGUAUACGGCCAGAACGUCCCAUCAGCUAAAUGGCAAUGUAACGAGCACCCAAAAGACAAAGCAACGAGCCAAGUAGGGUGUUUGCCAACGUGCCAGGCAAAUACCCAACCAAAUUGCCAACCAAACUCCCCUUUAAUGAGCUACCUCAACGACUGCUUACCUGGCCACUUGCCUCAUCAUGUCAGUUCCAUAGGGUGUAGAGCUGUAUGUUCAACGUGCCCGAAAGCUAAGAAGGGUAUGCCGUGUUUGACACCUCUCGGUUUCAGGGGGUUUUCUGGUAGUGAGAAGACGGGUAGAGCAUUAUGUGAGAUGCUAGAAAAUUUCUUCGCAAACUCAUAUAUAACAACGCUAUUUUGCUUAAUGACUAAACCGCCCUCAUCGCUACCCGAGCACUUCAAUUUUGCCGUCUCAUUAGUUAAUGUGCUGAAUAGUAAUACGGAUUCUGGUACCGAUGCUAUCAAAACGGCUUUUGAAAUCACAACCAAACAGUUGUCCAUUGACUUAUAUAAGGAGACAACCAAACUCACAGGUGCGCUUAGUGCCGCUUAUGGCAACAGUCAGAGUAGUCAUAAUGCAAGUAAUCAUAUUCCAAAAUCGGCUGAUAUGUCGAGCCUCGCGAUGAGUCAGUCAUGUAUGCUUGCAAUCGAAGAUAACGUCCACUGCGGGCCGUACCUGCAGACCCUAUUCUGCGACACGUACUACUACAUCGCAGCUAAACAUACUAACGUGUAUCUCUCAUGGGCCGUUUAUCUACCAUGGACACUGUAUGACUAUCUUAAAUCAUUGUUUGAUUCAUUCAGCAGUAUCUCUUGCCAAGAUUGGGGAUGCAGCACAUGCGUCGACGGCAGCUCUUGUAAACCGGGCAAGCACGGCGAUGGCUACGGCUGCAAGUGCCGAUCGCUGGUGGGAUGCCGCGGUGUGAUGAGCAUUUUAUACAGUUACGGCUUCACAUUUGGCGACGUCAAAAAAUUGUUAUCCGGUGAUCAAAGAAGAUACUGCCGUAACCUGUACGCGCAAUUACAAAACGUACUAAAAUCGCAAUAUUUCACCAAAUUAUUUGAGGAAUGUGACAACUUCAUUUGGACUAUCAGACAACCCUUCUCCUACCUUGUCCUUACCCUCUGGCUCCUCUCUUUCCUGUACCUCAUCCACAUCAUGGUCAUCCGCCUAGACCUCCUCCACAUCAAAUCGCAUCUACAUAGUCCCUCGAGUCAUAGGAUUGCUGCUCAAUCACUACUCGCCGCUGCACGUGUUAACAAGCUUAACAGAGUGUUUUACCUGCAGCCAUAA